AUGUUCCUUAAGCAUCUUGCUUAUGAAGGCUCACGCCCACACCUCCCUACAGAGCAAAUGCCUGAAGUUAUUCAGCAUUCAUUUCCUUGGGGCCUGCUUCCUCCUCAUCUACAUACAGACUUCUCCUCCUCUUCGACUCUUGCCUUCCCUCGAGACCCCAUCUUCAGCGGGGUCCCCUGGUGCCAGCACAACCUCUGGGGUCAGGGAACAACUGUUGCUUUGCUCCUGGGCCCCAAGGAUGAGUCAGGCUCUCUCCUCUUACUUCCCUCAACACACCCACCUGGAGAGAGGCUUAGCAGUAAGCAAGAGCGAUUGCAGGCGCUAAUUACAGCUACGGUUAGAAGCAGUCUUCAGAGCCCGCCUCCCGAGAGGAUAGCUCUCGGCCACGUAUCUCCUCAGAGGUAG